CACCUAGGCACUGAGAUAGGAUUCUGAUAGCAAAUGAAUGUAUGAACAAGGGAACACUGCGCAGAGGUGAUGAAGCACAUUGAUCGGGCGGCAAUGACAACUAAUUUGACGGUUUGCAGUUGCUUCUCAAUCGUUGGAUUGUGAGGAUGAGCAGCGGUCACUUACAUGCGAGCUCGUCUUGACCCGUCCUUGGCCUUUUCAGCUGACAAGUAGUUUCCCCUCCAUCUAUUGUGAAAGCCAUCAAAGUCCCAACAGGAAAAAGUACCUUUUCCCACUUGAGCGUAGCUACAGCCGGCGUUACUGUGCGCAAACACUUGCCCUCGGUCUCAAACUAGAUGCUCCUAUGCCAAGCCAAGCACAACUAUAGAAACCUACCUCGGGCAUACAGCAAUAUGCAAAACACCUCGUUACCUCCUCAUUCUCCUGGGAGGAAUCGACAAAAGCCAAUAGAUCAACCCAUUUACAUCGCCAGAGCGCCAAAGAAGACUCGGUCGGAUCCGAGCGCCCGGCGGCCGAAGAGGCCGUGUGCCCGGAUAACCCUUGCAGGCAAGCCGUUGGACACGGCGGUUGCAGUACGUAGCACGGCAGGUAUGACCGCACCGUGCAGCGGUGACAGCAGUGGCAUCCCGUUUAGAAAACUCUCCGUUCUAGAACGCCCCGACGGGACCUUUUCCUCUCUGCAGCAGGUAGGCGGCAUACAUGUGUUGAUGGGAAGUGCAGGGCAGAGCAAAACAGAACGGAGUCUGGCCAAAGGAGAAAACAUGACUGCUCACACCCGGCACUGGGAAAUUGUGUCUCCUUGGUUGGUUGUCCCUAUGCUCGAGAGAAGUAUUGUGUGGCGUUGGGCUUUCCCAUUGGUGUUUUAGUUACUCGUUCUCUUGGAGAUACACCGCCAUAAGCAACCGCCACUUGUACGUUGCACUCGGAUAUCAAGUGGCAUAUUGCUCGGUGUGAUCAAGGCUCAUGGCCUUUUCCACCCCCCUGCCGCCCCCACUACGUACAUAAGAUGCGCAAUAUCAAUGCGAGCAGCGAAAGUACGUACAUUCGCCGUGUAAGCGAGAAAGCAUUGCAUCACCGCCUGCGUAAAAUAAAUUGAACAAGAACACAGGCAGGGAUGGGAUGAGUGGGACCAUCUGUUGAGAAAUGCGAGCCAUCAAUAAGCCCGAAAAGCAAGGCGAACCGUAAAAACGUGCUGGGAACAAGCGGGCCGAAAGUGGAAGAACCUCAAAGUCUAUUUUUUUCAGCUUUGGGGGAUCCCGUGACUACUCGUGGAGCCCGAUGUCCCCGUGGAGGCAUGGAGGGAAGAGGUCACGGGGUUCCGGGACCGGUGAGAGG